AUGGCUCAUCGAGGCGUUCCACUUCAGCUGUCCCAACGGGCAGGGGAUCUGGAGAAUUGCAUUGACUCCGACUGGGACUCCGGUGUUGGCGAUGAUGCUGAAAGUGUCCAUGGAAGUCCUGAGACUGAAGAGGACAACCACAAAGAUGCUACAGAGGGCAGCAGUGGUGCAGGAGCACACUUUACUGUUUUUGUUGCCUUUCAAGGCAGUAUGGAAGAUGAAGACUUUACUAAUAAACUCAACAAUGUUCUCAGCGGUAUACCCAACAUGCUUGAUAUGGAAACAAAGACGCUUCAGCCGCAAAAUGUAGAGCCGUGGAACAGUGUGCGCGUAACCUUCAACAUUCCACGGGAUGCUGCUGAACGACUUCGGCUGCUCGCUCAGAACAACCAGCAGCAGCUACGAGACCUUGGAAUUCUUUCAGUGCAAAUUGAAGGGGAGGGGGCCAUCAAUGUUGCAGGGGGACCAAAUCGAGGACAAGAAGUUAGAGUUAAUGGACCAAUUGGAGCUGCUGGCCAGAUGAGAAUGGAUGUGGGUUUUCCAGGUCAGCCUGGUCCAGGAGUAAGGAUGGCAAAUCCUUCAAUGGUUCCCCCAGGCUCAGCCAUGACAGGCCAAGCGCUAGUGCCAGGCAAUAGUGGACAGAUGCAUCCACGUGUUGCAAGACCAUCUUCACAAACAGAUGUAAUGGAUCCUAUGAUGACAAGCCUGUCAGUUCAGCAGCAGCAACUUCAACACCAACAGGCUGGUCCCCAUGGCCCAAUUCCUCCCCAGAGUGCCCAUCACAUGCAGGCUUUGCAGGCUGGUAGACCAAUCAACCCUGUCGCUUUACAGCAGCUUCAACAACAACAUCACCAACAGCAACAAGCCCAACAGCAAGCCCAGCUCUCUCAUCUUGGACCCAGACCUCCAUUCAACCCACCAAGCCAGAUGGCAAUUCCUCCUGGCUGGACCCCCUCUGGAGUUCUCCAGACACCGCCUGCCCAAGGAGGCCCUGCCUGGAGGAAACCUCCACCUCAAGGCCAAAUGGUUCAACGCCCUCCAUCCCUUGCUACACCCAGUCAUCCUCCACCGCCUUAUCCAUUUGGUAGUCAGCAGGCAGGUCAGGUAUUCAAUGCAAUGGGACAAGGACAGUUGCAGCAGCAACAGACAGGAAUGGGACAGUUUGCUGCACCCCAGCCAAAAGGUCCACAGGUUGGCCCUAGUGGUGUAGUCGGGCCACCUCGACCUCCUCCACCUAUGCCACAGACAACUGGCCCGCAGGGAAACCUCACUGCCAAGUCCCCAGGGUCCUCAUCAUCCCCUUUUCAGCAGGGUUCACCUGGAACUCCCCCAGUGAUGGCUCAGAGACCCACAACUCCACAGGGUUUUCCACAGGGUGUUGGCUCACCGGGAAGAGCAGCACUCAGCCAACAAGGUAAUAUUCAACAAGGAUUCAUAGGAAUGCCCCAACAUGGACAACCUGGCACACAAGUUCAUCCAGGGAUGCCAAAGCGGUCAAUGGGCUUUCCAACCCCAAACUUUGCCCAAGGUCAGGUGGGUACCACAGCCCCAGGAGCCCCUGGUGGAGGAUCCAGUCAGCAGCUCCAGAGCAGCCAAACAUUGUCUCACACAGGAGUCCAACAGUCAUCUUCCACACCAAAUUCAAUCCAUACGCAACCCAAUGUUAUGGGUGCACAAAGUGGCAUGCCAAGUCAGUCCCCUAGCACAACUACUGGGCCUAGCAUGCCCCAUCAGCAGCAACAGCAGCAGCAGCAGCCAAGCCUUCAGACCCCAAUGAUGGGCCUCCAGCAUCAGGCCCAACCCGUGUCCUCCUCCCCCAGCCAGAUGGUUCAAGGCCAGGGUGGCGGUCAGACUGUCCUCUCAAGGCCCCUCAGUCAAGGGCAGAGAGGAGGGAUGACCCCACCCAAGCAAAUGAUGCCUCAGCAAGGCCAGGGGGUGAUUCAUGGGCAGGGUCAGAUGGUUGGAGGUCAAGGGCAUCAGGCAAUGCUCCUGCAGCAGCAGCAGCAACAACAACAGCAGCAAAAUACCAUGAUGGAACAAAUAGUUGUAAACCAGCUGCAAGGCAACAAACAGCCAUUUGGAGGAAAAAUUCCUCCCGGGAUCGUGCCUGGCCAGAUGAUGCGUGGACCUUCUCCAAACGUUCCAGGUAACAUGGCUCAGUUUCAGGGCCAGGUCGGCCCACAGCAGAUGACGCCACAACAGCAGCAACAAAUGGCUCACCUUCAGCAACAACAACAGCUACAACAGCAGCUUCAACAGCAACAACAGCUUCAGCAGCAGCAGCAGCAACAACACCACCAGCAGAUAAAUCAGCAGCAGCCUCAACAGGUUCCACUUCCUAGCAAUCCCAAUCAGAACAUUAGCAUGCAUGGGCAACAGUUGAGACUCCCUGCUGGUCACCCACUUAUCCAACAACAAUUGCAACAACAGCAGCAGAAACAGCAACAGCAGCAAGUCAUGUUGCAGCAGCAACAACAACAACAGACAGUUCAACCACACCCACAUCAAUUGGGAGAUUCCAAUAGCGGGGCAGGAGAUUUGGGGGGCCAACAGAUGGUCCCUGAUAUGCAGGUACAGCAGGCACAAGGAAUUAUGGGGGGCCCUCAGCACAUGCAAAUGGGAAAUGGACACUUUGCAGGUCACGGCAUGAACUUUAACUCACAAUUCCCGGCUCAGGUUCCAAUGGGGGGACAGUGUGCACAGGCAGGUGGGUUUCCUGUCAGUAAAGAUGUAACAUUGACAAGCCCCUUGCUGGUAAAUCUGCUGCAGAGUGAUAUCUCAGCCAGCCAGUUUGGACCAGGAGGAAAGCAAGCAGGUGCGGGUAAUCAAGUCAAACCCAAAAAGAAGAAACCCCCACGAAAGAAGAAACCAAAAGAUGGAGAAGGCCCACAGCAAGUUGAGGGACCUGGUGGUCUGGAUGUGACUGGUACUAUGGAGGAAUCGGAACUGCAGAAUUUUGGUGGCGAUCAGAGUUUGGGCCUUGAUAACUCGGGCUCAAAGCUUGCAGACUUUACCAAUAGGCCUGCAGUAUUCCCAGGUCAACCCGGUGAUCAAAGGAUACUGCAGCAGGUACCAAUGCAGUUCAUGCAGCAACAACAACAGCAGCAACAACAAAUUCAGCACAUGCAACAACAGCAGCAAAUUCAGCAGCAGCAGCAACAGCAGCAGCAGCAGCAACAACAAAUGCAGCAACAAUUACAACAGCAGCAGAUGCAACAACAGCACAUGCAACAGCAGAUGCAACAGUUGCAGAUGCAAGGUCUCCAGAAUCCUCAAGGGCAACAGGGCAUGACAGGUCAACAGACCACAGGUCAAAGCCAACCGCAAGUCCCCCAUCAGCUGCAACAACAGCAGGGACAGCAGCAACAUCUACAACAUCAGCAACAGCAGCAGAUGUUGAUGAUGCUUAAGAUGCAGCAAGAGCAGAAAAAUCGCAUGUCCGUCACUACAGGAGGUCAACUUCCUCCUCGUGUCGUUGGCAAUCCACCUGAAGCACAGAGACUGCCAGUCUCUCAGCAAGGGAACAUGCCAGUGAUGAUCAGUCUUCAAGGACAUGCAGGUUUAGCACAUCCAUCUGACAAAGCUCGGGGGAUGCCACUGAUCAUAAACCCUCAGCUUGCAAGUGCUGCAAGACGAAUGUCACUUCCUGAUUCAGGGCAAGGUCCCCAAGGCUCUGGAUCUGAUGAGACAGCUUCAGUUAUCCACCCAAAGCAGGAUAGGCCAAGUGGUGCAGAAAUGAGCAUGCAGACUGGAAAUGGCUCCCAACAGAUGAUGGGCAAUCAGAGUUCUACGACGCAUUUGAUGAAGCAAGGCCCUGGUCCACCUUCAGUGGCCCAGCACACUGGAGCUAGUCCCCAACAACAGUUGUCAACUCAACCACAACAAGGAGGAUCCAUGUCCGGCAUUCAUUUUCCAAACGUCCCCACCACAUCACAGAGUUCCAGACCAAAAACUCCCAACAGGGCCAGCCCCAGGCCAUACCAUCACCCUCUCACACCAACUAAUCGUCCACCCAGCACCGAGCCCUCAGAAAUCAACCUUUCACCAGAAAGGCUCAAUGCUUCUAUUGCAGGGUUAUUUCCACCUAAAAUCAACAUUCCUCUGCCUCCGAGACAGGCUAACUUAAACAGAGGAUUUGACCAACAGGGCCUUAACCCCACAACUUUGAAAGCCAUUGGGCAGGCACCUCCAAACUUAACUUUACCAGGCAGCAACAACAGCGGAAAUAGUGGAAGUAACACUAGCAACAGUCAACAACCUUUCACUACUGGUACUGGAGGGGGAGGCAAUAAACUGGACAAGCAAACUGGAGGACAGAAUAAAAGGGUAAGCCCAAGCAAUAGUCGUCGGUCAAGCCCAGCUUCAAGUCGCAAAUCAACCACACCGAGUCCUGGAAGACAAAAAGGGGCAAAACUGGCCAUCACGAGCCCUCCCCAACCUCAACAGAUUGUCAGUGCUCAGGGGCAAACUAUGAUCCUAAGCCCCACUUCAGUAACAUCAAAUCCAGUCUCUUUAGGACCACAGAUAGGAGGGAGCAUAGAGACACAACAGACCCAGAAUCCCUUCCAUGGUUUACAAGGUAAUCCUCCUGAGGGCAUCAGAGAAAGCCAGGUAAUGAUGGCAGCAGAGCAAAAUCCUCAGGCUUUGCGGGAGUUAGCCACUCCAAGAAUUACAAGUCCUCGUCUCCCUACUCCUCAUCAGCCGAAAUCGGACUUAGAUUUGCAAACUGCAACUGUAAAUAGGCAGCCAACACACAAAGCUUCGCUGCAGGACUCUGGGGGACCAGUUCCUGUCAGGGCUGCUCCCACUUCCCUUAACCAGCUCCUGGACGUCCCGAACAAGCCUCUUCGGCCUGUGCAUGGUAAUAUGGUUAAGGAUGUCAUGGGAAAAGACAGCCCCAAGUCGACUAUGGAUCCAGAGAGACAACAUCAUUUUAAUUCUCAGAAUACAGAUAUGUCAACCCCUAUUGCUACUUCUACCACUGCUAAUGAAUCAGAAGCUAACCCCAAGCCUCCUGUUGCAACGCCUAUUAGCAGUCACAGCACACAUCUGAACGUGACCUUUAAUACUACUCCCAACAAUAACCAAAACCGCCUACCCUCUCCAGGUAUCAGUUGUAGUCCAAGUACAACUAGUGCCCAUGGUUCUGCUUUUACUACUACUGUUGUCCAGAGUGCAAGUCCUAACCUAGUAACUUCCACUCAGGGAAGUCAUUCUUUAGCUGUUAGCAGCAGUUCUAAUAAUACGAGCUGUAGUUCAAGCCAAGCCAAUGUGACACUCAAACCUGGCAUGGGACCAAAACCAAUAACUAGUGUUCACUCAGUCAUACAGAUUCCUGCUUCUUCUAGUUCAAUAUCUCCCAACCAGAUCACAGUAUUUGUCUCACCUAACCCAGUGACAUCUGGACCCACAUCUCAAGUCCCUGCUUCUAUGGCAUCCACAAUGGUGAAUCUUCCAAACAAGAAUAUUCGGACACAGGAAAUCCGGCAUCAAACACCAAUCACUCGACCGCCUCAGUUUAUCACCACCACCCCUGUUUUUAUCAAUCCAAUUUUUCAGGUCCCAAAUACAACUGUGUCACCUAAUACCACAGUAGUAUCUCAGUCAGUGACUAUGAUGGGACCGAUUCAGGUAUCAACUACAAAUAUACAGCUUUCUACUGCCUUGAGUUCCACCCAGUCCUCAGGGGUGAACAUAAGCACAUCUCAACUUGCUCGAAGCACUGUUGGACAUCUUCAAACUGUCACCAGUGUGUCAACUUCCAAACCAAUAAGUGUUAAUUCAGCUCCUCACCAAAUCAACAAAAGUGCUGUUAAAAUAGAAAAUAAAAUUGAAGCUAAGAAUUCAAGUCCCCAGGUCAGCCAGCCAUCUCAUCCAAGCCCUUCAACAUCCUCUCCCUUUCACCCUUCCUCCAUUGCGCCUCCACCGUGCUCAAGUCCCAGCAGUAUGAACACACUUGGAAAGGGCCUCAUGUCUCCUGCUCCCGCUGCUCAGUUAAAAAGUAAGCCGAUGCAGGUUACCAUAGCUCGCUCUACAACAACCGAUAACCAGAUACCCGCUCAUACAUCCAGUGUAGCCGUUCCACCACAUGUCAAUCCUUCUGCUUGUCCUGGUGUUCUAAAUGAAGCAGCGGUGGCCCACUCAACUAUAGCCAAUGUGAACCUUACUACACCUGCGGUCUCCUCCUUUAUCACAGCUCCUGGUCAGAUUGCUGCUCCCACCCAGGCUCCAUUGCUGCCUACAGCUUCAUUGUCAAUCUUCACCCAGGCUGCAACGUCUCAAAAUCCCAUUUCUGGUGAAGUUUGUACUACUACUGCAGUCUCCUCUGCAACCUUACUCUCUACAGUCAGUCCAGUUCAAAAUCCAGUAGCAUCUGUGGUUCCAAUUGUUGCCAUGCCUUCACCAAUCCAAGACUCUAUAACCACAAAUGCAUCUAUUGCUAACACCAGCAGAGUUACUCUUUCUCAGACUGGACCUGUGUCUUUUGAGCCUGCCAUAACACAAACAAUGGCUCCCGCUGAAAAUAUUGGGACCAUGUCAGAACUUGCCCAGCAAGAUGCUUCUCAAGAGCCUGCUGUUGGUGAGAAGAUGACCGAAGAGGUCUUGACAAGUCCUGAUCAGGGAUGGGCAAAGAAAAGAAAGACGCCCAUCAACUUAGUUCCAAGAGUUCCUGUAGAGAAACCCAAGGGGCCCAGUAGGCGCAGCUCCCGAGCAGACAAAGAGGUGGAGGAAGAGCCAGCAGCAGAAAGCAGCGUUAGGAAGAGAUCAGUGAGACCUGGAACAACUGCUGCUGCAGUCAAAGAAACUGGAGCCAGCCCCACCCAGGCCAAGCGAAGGAAGUCAAAAUAG